AUGACUACAACUAAAGCCGUUAUUAUGGUUGGUGGUGGAUCCAGGGGUACCAGGUUUAGACCUUUAUCUCUUGAUAGAGCAAAAAUCCUCUUUCCAAUUGCGGGCAAACCACUUCUAGGCCAUACGGUGGAUGCAAUUCUUGAAAUUGAAUCAAUCAAGGAGAUUAUUUUGAUUGGCUUUUACGAGCCUUCUGUUUUCACCGAGUUCAUUUCUCAAUUUACUGCCCGUAUGAAGUACACAAAGAGAGACUGCACUAUGCGGUAUUUGAAGGAGUUCAAGGCAUUGGGAACUGCCGGUGGCCUUUAUUAUUUCCGAAAUGAAAUCAUGAGCGGAUCUCCAGAGAGCUUUUUUGUCAUACACGGUGAUAUUGUGUGUUCUUUCCCACUGCAGAAGAUGAUCGACUUUUACGAUGAAAAGACAAGGGAAAACGGCUCGAAGAAGCUUGAUGCAGUUCUGAUGGGCGUCCAGGUCCAGAAUUACGACGUGUUUCUUGCCUUAAAUGACCGUGACCAGUCUUCUUUUGGAACAAUUAUCUCCGAUCCAAAGUCCAGAAGGGUGGUUCAUUAUGUUGAAAAGCCAGAAACCAAGAUGUCCGAAACGAUCAAUGGCGGUGUUUACAUGUUUAAUGACAUGCUAUUCAAGCGGUUGUCACGUGCUAAGAUCACAAAGAUUACUGCUGCCUCGACCAAUCCGGAAUAUAUCGACGAAGACGUUAUUUCUAUGGAGGAGGACAUCCUUGAGAACCUUCCAGAGUUUGGCAACACAUUUGUCUACCCCUACACCGGAAUUUUCGCUGCUUUGAAGACCCCAUCCGAUGCCCUUUAUGCAAACCAACUCUACCUUAAUGAGUUACAGAUAAAACAGAAAACAUUGAAGUCAGAGUUGCCUUCGCACCUCUCAGCCAUUCCUUUGGGCCACAAGAGAAGCUCAACAAUCGACCGUGUUACUCUCGAAAAGCCUUCUGCAACAAUCAUUCCCCCGGUUUUUAUUCAUCCUUCCUGCACUAUCGAUAAAGACGCAGGCACCAAAAUCGGACCAUACGUUUCUAUUGGUCCAGGUUGCAAGGUGGAGGCUGGAACGAGAAUCUCGAACUCGAUUAUUCUGCACAAAUGCCACAUUGGGGGCAAUUCGUUGAUUCGAAACAGCAUUAUUUCAUAUGGUUGCAAGGCGGGAAAAUGGACCCGUAUUGAAGGCACAGGUGUUACAAUCAAGAAAACUGCCAAAAAGCACGCUGGACCUCAGAAGCCUGUAGAAUUGGGUGAUUGCCAAAUUAUUGGAAUUAAGGAUUCCGGAAAUAUUUCGAUUCUGGGCUCAGGAACAAAUGUUGAUGAUGAUGCGUACAUUCUCAACAGUUUCAUCUUGCCUAACAAGAACAUCAGGCAUGAUAUCAAGUACGAGAUUAUCAUGUGA